GCUAGUCGUCUCAGCUGUUGGAGGACAGUUGUAGCUGUAGACACGAAGCACAACCUCAUUUGUAAACAACAAUGUCUUCAGUUGAGUAUUUGAGAGAGUUUGUCAACGAGCGACUAACUGCUGCUGCUGAAGAAAUAUUCAGAGUUUUUGAAAAGACUAUCUUCGAGUACGAGGAAGAGAUCGACCGUCAGCGCAAACUGUUGGAUGUCGUUUGGAAACCUGAAAUAAAGCUGCACAGGAUAGAGCUCCCACUGCAGUAUAUCUUUCAGGACGAGGAGGUUCUCGCAGACCAGCAGCUCUGUAUUCAGGAGAGGAACUUCAGUCUGGACCAAGAGGACCCAGAGCCUCCACAGAUUAAAGAGGAACAGGAGGAACUCUGCACCAGUCAGGAGGGAGAGCAGCUUGAAGUGAAGCAGGAGACUGAGACCUUUAUGUUGACUCCUAUUGAUGAGGAAAGUGACCACAGUGAAGAUCAGACUCUGGACUUGAAUCAUUAUUUAACUCAGAAUACAACUGACAAGGAGUCUAUUGUCAACAUAUCGGUUAAAGACCCUGUGGUACCAGAACCAAACAGCGACCACCAGCUCCUCUCUCACAACUCUCAUGUAGCUGAGAGCCAAGAUCAGAAAGGAGGCAAGCAUGGAGAGUCAGGAUCAACCAGAAAUACAGAGCCAGAACCAAAGGAAAGCCAAGACAAAAGUCACAGCAACAGUGUAUUUACGACCCACCUGAAUACUUGGACGGAUAAAACGUUUCCACUUUACAUAUGUGACUUCUGUGGGAAAGAUUUUGAUAUUAAGUCCAAAUUGGAUAGACACCUUAGGGCUCACAAAGAUGAGAAGCCAUAUUUUUGCAACACCUGUGGGAAUAGUUUUAAGGACAUGCAAACAUUAACGAGACAUAAAACAAUCCACACAGGUGAAAGGCCAUAUUCAUGUCAAAUAUGUGGGAAAAAAUUCAGACUCAAGAGUGACGUGAAAGUCCACAUUAGAACUCACACAGGUGAAAAACGGUUUAAAUGCAACACCUGUGGGAAAAGAUACUGUCGGAUGACAGACUUGAGAAGGCACUCAAGAAUUCAUACAAUUCAGCAACAUGUCUGUAAGGAGGAGGAGGUUCUUGCUGACCAGCAGCUCUGUAUUCAGGAGAGGAACUCCAGUCUGGACCAAGAGGACCCAGAGCCUCCACAGAUUAAAGAGGAACAGGAGGAACUCUGCAUCAGUCAGGAGGGAGAGCAGCUUGAAGUGAAGCAGGAGACUGAGACCUUUAUGUUGACUCCUACUUAUAAGGAAAGUGACCACAGUGAAGAUCAGUCUCUGGACUUGAAUGCUGAUAAAACUCUAAGUGAAGCAGAGAAAGAGUCUGAAGUCAACAUGCCAGUUAUAAUCUCUGUGGUGUUGGUACCAAACAGUGACCACCAGCUCCUCUCUCACAUCUCUCAUGUAGCUGAGAGCCAAGAUCAGGAAGAAGGCAAGAAUGGAGACUCAGGAUCAACUAGUAACGCAGAACCAAAACCAAAGAAAAUAUAUCACAAAAGCAACAGUCCCGCUAACAGUGUAUCUAACCCUACUAUGUCGACAGUUCACGGUAAUACUCGCCCAGGUAAAAACAUUGUCCAGUGUGACAUAUGUAAGAAAGUUUUUAAGUUUAAGUCACUAUUGAAGAGACACCUGAGAAAACACACAGGUGAGAAGCCGUUUGCUUGCAACACGUGUGGGAAAAGAUUUAGUUGGUCAUCAACAUUGAAUGGUCAUAAAAGAAUUCACACAGGUGAAAGGCCAUAUUCAUGCAAAAUAUGUGGGAAAACAUUCAGACUCAACAGUGACGUGAAAUCCCACAUUAGAACCCACACAGGUGAAAAACGGUAUAAAUGCAACACCUGUGGGAAAAGAUACUGUCGGAUGGUAGACUUGAGAAGGCACUCAAGAAUUCAUACAAUUCAGUAUAUUUGUCAGGACGAGGAGGUUCUCGCUGACCAGCAGCUCUUUAUUCAGGAGAGGAACUCCAGUCUGGACCAAGAGGACUCCCAUGUAGCUGAGAGCCAAGAUCAGAAAGGAGGCAAGCAUGGAGACUCAAACAAAAGUCACAGUAACAAUGUAUGUAAGACUCCCCUGAAUAUUUACACAGGUAAUCACAUAUGUGACGUUUGUGGGAAAGAUUUUGAUACCAAGUACAAAUUAGAUAGACACUUUAGGGUUCACACAGAUGAGAAGCCAUAUUUUUGCAACAUUUGUGAGACUGGUUUUAAUGACAUAUCAACAUUAAGGAGGCAUAAAACAAUUCACACAGGUGAAAAGCCAUAUUCAUGCAAAACAUGUGGGAAAAAAUUCAGAGUUAACGGUGACUUGAAAGUCCACAUUAAAAUUCACUCGGAUGAAAAGCCGUUUAACUGCAGCACCUGUGGGAAAAGGUACCAUCGGAUGAUAGACUUGAAAAGGCACUCAAGACUUCAUACAAGUGACUAGCAGUGGACUUGCAAAACACAGGAGAGUUCUGUGGAGACUUCACAGUCCACAUGAAAGAGCACACACUGAUGAGUAGCCAAAUAAUUGCAACACCUGUGGGAAAAAGAUUAUUCCAUGUGUCUCAAUUGGCAAGGCAUACAUAAGACUGCAUGCAUACAGGCAGGUAGACUUCUACUCGCAAAUCCGGGAGAGGACUCAGUUGUUAUGCUUCAUGAGCAAAGCUCACCUAAAGCCACAAAAGUGAAGAGAAAUGUUCUUCUCAUUCCGCACAAAACAAUACAUAAACAGGACCAACGACUGAGCUGAAACCUUUUUGGUUCUCACCCCACUAAAAGGAAUACACUUUUGUAAUAUAGUAGUAACAUAUUUGUAAUUGUAUAUAAAGUAUUUUCCAUUAAUUAAGAGGUCACAAUAUCUUAUUGUAAUGAAGUGGUACAUCAUCAACAAUGCAUACAAGUUUUGCUCGAUAUAUCUAUUUUUUGUCCUUCAUAUUACUGCAUUACUCAUAUUUUUGUUAGCAUCAGUAUUUAUUUGUAACAAUCAUAAUCUCCCAAAUCUUCGAAACAUCUUUUUUUGCACAGUGGGUUCAUAGUUCCUACAAAUGUUUGACUUGUUACAUGCAUAUUCUUUUUUAUAUAUUUUUUUAUACACCGCCUCAUUUAAUGAGUGGUUUGUGAACUCUUUGAUGUUGAGGCUGAGAAACCCUCUUUGUACUGGUGUUGGGCAACUCAAGUUGUGACCAUGCCAAUUUAGAGUCUUUUCUUUUAUUUGCAGCAUGUCAUUUGAUUUGAUCAACUUGAUAUAAUAAUUGUUGUUGUUUUUGGGCUGUCAAUAAGACACAAACACAUUGUAUCUGGUGUGGUACAUGAUGUCAGAGAAUUUUGUUAACUAUAUAAAUAUUUUUAUAAAUUAUAUUUUUUUACACUGAUGUUCCCAAAUUGAUGAAAUGGAUGAUUACGGUAACUACAAGCAUGCAUAUGUACAUAUGACAUACAAUGAACACAAAUUGUAGAUGGUGUGCUACAUGGUGCUGUUAAUGUGUCAGCAAUACAUAAAUAAAGUAAUAAAUAAGUACAAUGAUUAGUGUCCAAAGAAAUGUGGGUAGCAAAAUGCAGUUAUUCAAUAUCAUGUUUGUAUUCUAACAAUAAAGCUUUGUAAGGUAA